ACUGGCCAAGGUCGAGGAGAGAUGGGAUUAAAGAGAAUUGACCUGGUGGCAAAGUGAUGGCUGAGAGCAACAAGGGGCAAGAAAGCUUCAAGGAGAAAUGUAGGUGGCGGUAAAACACAUUUAGCUGUUUGCCAACUUCCAGAGAGGGCAGAAGAAGAAGAACCGAAGUAAGAAGCAUGGCUGCGGACAUGAGAUUACCAAUUAUUCGAAAACCUGUGUCAGUUUCUGCUGUUAGCCGAAAAGAUCUGGUCGUCCCCGGCGAUGUUAUCACUUCAGACACUGGUUUCAUGAGGGGUCAUGGUACCUAUGUUGAUGAAGACAAGCUGACGGCUUCAGUGGCUGGUGAGGUGCAGAGAGUAGACAAGCUGAUCUGUGUCAGACCGCUUAAGACCAGGUUCAAUGGUGAGGUUGGAGAUGUGGUGGUUGGAAGAAUUACAGAGGUGCAACAGAAACGGUGGAAGGUGGAGACCAGCUCCCGGCUGGACUCUGUCCUCUUGUUGUCUUCUGUGAAUCUGCCUGGAGGAGAGCUGAGGAGAAGAUCAGCAGAAGAUGAGCUCACCAUGAGAGAAUACCUUCAGGAAGGCGAUCUCAUCAGUGCAGAGGUGCAGUCUGUCUUCUCAGAUGGAGCUCUGUCGCUUCACACCCGUAGUUUAAAGUAUGGAAAGUUGGGUCAAGGAGUUCUGGUACAGCUUUCUCCGUCUCUGAUCAAGAGGCAGAAAACACAUUUCCACAACUUGCCAUGUGGUGCAUCCAUCAUCCUCGGGAACAAUGGUUUUGUGUGGUUGUAUCCCACACCGGGCCAACAGGAGGAGGAGGCUGGGGGCUUCUACACCAGUUUGGAGCCUGUUAACCUGUCAGAUCGAGAGGUGAUUUCACGGUUGAGAAACUGCCUGCUAGCGUUGGCUGCACACAAGGUCCUUUUGUAUGACACCAGUGUUCUCUAUUGCUACGAAUCUUCACUUCAACACCAGGUCAAGGACAUCUUGAAACCAGAAGUGAUGGAGGAGAUUGUAAUGUUGACGCAACAGAAGCUGUUGGAACAGGAAGGCUAGAGAGUCCUGUGACCAUGCCACAAAAUCAGGAUUACAUCAAGCAUCUAUUUCAAGGACUGACCACCCACCUGAAGGCCUUUUUUCACAGAGGCCUCCUAUUGUGGCAGCUUGAUGGGCAAUUUAACAAGUUUAUUUUAAUAAACAAACUGCUGAUCAUUGUUUGACUGCAAAUGGUAAAGAUGAAUAACUUUUAAGAUACUUAAGUUUAAGUCUUAGGUAGAGGUAUAGUGGAACAAUUUUGAUAAUGUGUGAGGUUAUAAAAAAAACUGUUGCAUGCAAUAAAUUUUGUAUCAUUUUCAGUA